AUGACAGUUCGCUGCGAAGAACUGGAGAGGAAGCUUCAAGGUUCAGCUUCUACCGGUGCCACAUCUACCUUCUCCUCAGCUCAGCAAUGUUACAUUGACGGCAAUAUCACACCCGGUGAAACAUCACACGUUUUUGACUCUCGGUGCGCUGAGAUGCUAGCGAGCCCGAUCUCGUCAUCCGACCUUGUUCGGGCAGCGACAGAAAAACAUUUCAGCGAUCCAGUUUCCACAACACCUCAAAGGACCCAGUCUGCGAGCGGCAUUUCUUUUCAGCCUCCUAAAGGUCAGAUUUUCGAGCUUUGGCACAUAUACAUGACUCGUGUCGAACCACUCACCAAAUUAGUCCCCCACGCCUGGUUCGGGGACCUGCUCACCCUGACAGCCCAAGAAGCAAAGGUGCCGGAGCCUGGGGCGCGAACACUAAUGUCCAGUGUCUGCUUUGCUGCAGUCAGCGCUCUCACAGAUGAUGAGAUCAUUCAACAAUUCGAUGAAGGUAGAGACACAUUGAAUUCUCGCCUCACAGCUAGCAUUCAAACCACAUUAUCCCUUCGAGACGGGCUCCAGCAACCGGGCACCCGUCUCCUGCAAGCCUUAGUUUUAUACGCAGUUUCCCUAUAUCGGCGUCUUGAUGACGAUCAAGCCACGUUCAAGGAGACUUUCAAAUUUGCGUUCCACAUAGCCGGCCUUAUUGGAAUAGGAAAAGCAGAAGAUGCAAUCUGUUCUCCGUAUGAUACUGAGAUCAGACGCCGUUGUUGGUGGACGCUUUGUAGGUUGUGGUACCAAUGCGUUCAAAAGCCCGGGUGGGAUGUUGAAGAACCAAUACCUUUGUCUGAUGUGCCGCCUCCGCUGAAUAUAAAUGAUAUCGAUCUCAUGUCCGCGACAGAGGAAAUGCCGAAGGCAAGGCAAGGUCUGACACAGAUGUCUCUCUUCCUCGUCCAUCUGGAGGUAGUCCGUCUCACCGGGAAGCUGGAACUUCUAAACCGCAACCCAAACUUGUCCGGGAACAGCAUCUCGAUCGGUGUUCAACGAAGGAAUUUGGUGGAAGAAUCCGUUGGGAAGAUAGAGAGAGAUUUUCUGUGGCAUUGCGACACAUCUCGACCAUUUGACUGGUUCUUAAUGCUCACCACCAAAGCCAUGUUGAAUCCCAUUGAGAUGAUGAUGUUGGACGAGCCGGAGUACGACGGUCGUCGCACCGGUGCUCUGUCGACCCAGGCAAAGGAAGACAGAAAAUUCCUAUUGCGUCUUGACGUAGUCGAGUGCUGGCACAUGAUGAACACGCACGAGAACUUGAAGCCGUGGCGGUGGUUCUUGAGGAAUAUUCCACAGGCAUUUUCGGUGGAUGACCUGUACGCAGACCUCGUCAGACUCCCACAAUCGCCUUACAGCGAUCGAGCUUGUGCUCUGAUAGACCUGAUAUCUCGCGGUUGA